UUGUUCCAUUGCAGUGAUUGAAAUGAUCAUUUGGAUUAGCUUUCAGUAUGAAUAUGUUAGAUUUAAGGAUCUAUUGCGCUCUUAACACAUAAAAGCGUCAGUCUUUUCUUUAAUAUAAUGGGACUGAGAUCGUCUCUGCAUUUCGCAUCACGUAUGUUACAAACAAAAGACAAUUCAUUUUGUUUUGUUAAAUUCAUUUCAGGCAGACAUUGCAGCAUAUCAUACCUUAUAAAACAUUACGGCUUUAAUUUCUAGAGUUUAAUAUAAAUAUUUAUUUUCAAAAACUCAUUGCUUUACCUCGGAAGACAUUUAAUGAAGUUUAUUUAACUAAAUUAAAUAAAGGAGGAGCAUGGUCAUGUAAUCCAGUGUUUCUCAACCCUGGUCCUCAAGGACCCCCUUCCUGAAAGUUUUAGGCCAUGUUUACACGUGGACGGCUAUUUUCAUAAACGGACAUUUCAACCUCUCCGGUUUCAAAAAUAAUAUCGUGCACACAUGUCAGUUUUCAGAAAAGUGUUUAUUUACACGUACCCGUGCAUAUUUGCCGUCAAGAGACGCUCAAGCCCACGUAAGCCAAUCACCGGCAGCGCUGGUGGUGACGUGAACUGGUUCUUCAUGUUGGAGUUGUUGCAGUAGGUGAUCGAUGACGUCAACGUACAGCGAGAGCGAGUUGAGGAAUCACACGUAGAGGUCUAAUUUCGAAUCGCUCUCGCAGUACUUUGACAUCAUCCGUCUGUCGGUUCUUGCAGCGCCGCAUGAAGUCAAACACGCGUAAAAUUGCUGACCUCCGAGCACUCGUCUCUGCUCCUCGACAUAAUGGAGCAGCUCUAUUUGCAAAUACAAACACACGAAACGAGUUUGCACGAACAUAAAUGUGAUCUUGGAAGCGUUCAGAGUAGCAGUCACAUGUAAACAAAGGUCGCACUUUUGACGUAGGUGCGAGCUCUGGCGCAUACUCUGUGACAUUGCCUGCUUAAACAUCUGUUUGUCUCAGUUUAUGUGCAACCGAAGAUUUUCAGGAUCUCCACUCUGGCCGGAGUUUUUAGAAACAAUCGGUUUCAGAGGCGAGUUCUCCGUUUGCGUGUAAACGAGGGGCACAAACGAAGGUAAAUCUCUCAGUUUUUAAAAAUAACCAUGUACGUGUAAACAGGGCCUUAGAUGUCUCCUUAUUUAAAACACCUGAACCAACUCAUCAGCCUCCUUCCAGAAUGUCACCCUAUCAAGCUAAUAAUUUAAAUCAGGUGUGUUAAUUAAGGAGACAUUCUGGAAGGGGGUCCUUGAGGACCAGGGUUGAGAAACACUGUAAUCCGAGGAAGUUGCGUCGGGGGGAGCUGAGUCUGUAGAAUGGCGGAAGGGAACGCGGGAGGACGUUUGUCUGUGGAUCGCAUGGUGGAUCGGGAACUUCAGGCGCUUAAGGCGGUUGGCAACAACUGGACUGUGAAUGGUCAGGAGUUAGGAAGUGACGGAUCAGGAAGUGAGGAUGGGGAGAUGGAUGUUGGACGCGGGAGUUUGGAAGAAUGGAAAGUAGUACAGAGAAAACUGAAAAAUAAAGAUAGAGACGAAUCAGAUAAUAGUGACAUUGGAAAAGGAAUAAAAACGGUGAAAAGGAGUGAAGUUGAGAUCAAGGUAUUUAUCAAACUACUGCAGGAGGGGACUACUUUUGACGACUGGAGUCCAAUCCAACUAACUAAAUCUCUGCAUAAAGAAAUUGGGGAGGUAAGGAGCGCUAAAAAGUUGAGGAAUGGUUCUUUAUUGGUAAUAGGGCUGCACGAUAAUGAGAAAAUAUGCGAUAUGCGAUAGUUCUGUUGGUGGGUGCGAUGGCGAUAUGCCUUGCAAUAUGUCUUACUUAGAGAAAUUAUUUUUUUAUUUGCUUUUAUUUUAGCAUUUAGAUAUGUAAUGAAAUAAAGAGGUAAUGCAUAUUCUAAAGAUGUAAUUAAAAUAUGCUAUACAUGUGACAAAAAACUAGUAAUGUGUGACCAUAACGCAAUACUUUGAUUUAUUGAAUAUUUAUAUUAAUUUCAUAAAUCCAACCACUCCAAACUCUCUUUCCUUUCUCUUUGACAUGAACAAAGCUGAAUGAACUUGUGAAUAUGACCCCCUUUAAAUGGAUUUAUUAACAUUGUGAAAGGUGUAGAAAGACUAACUUUAUACAAUAAAAUGUAUAGUAUAUUAAUGAUAGACAAUGCAGGUCUAUGGAUUAUAAAUAGGUCUAAAGAUUAUAAAGUUGAUUGGUUUGUGUAGAAGCAGUAAAAGUGCCUCUCUUUCUAUUCCUCUGUUGCAGAUUAAAAGAGCUUAAUCCUUAAUUAUUUUAGAUUCAAAAGUAUACUCUAUAUAAAGUAUGUAGAUUCAGCUUACAUAAUGACUGUUUGACAGUUUGAGCUGCUCGUUCAGUACAUGGGCUUGGCAUUAACAUUGGUUAUUUGCUACCGUCUUUGUAGCAAACAUUUUAGAUAUAAAAAGACGGUUCAUUGAUAAUAAUACUAUAAACAUGGGAGAAAGAAAGUGCAGCGCGUGGCCGUGACUUUAUAUAAACAAGAGUCAGUUUUCAUCGCCAUAGAAACCGGAGGCACGCUUGAGACUGCACAUGCGCUUUAGUGCGUUAGCGCUGACUGAAGGGCGAUUUAUAGUCGUGCGUAGGUCCUACGCCGUAGCCUGUGCGUAGCUCUGCGUAGCCUGACGCGCACCUCACAAAAUUUCUAACAGCGCGUCAGUUCUACGCGGACCGCAAGCGCUGUGAUUGGUCGGCUAGAAUCCCUCCCUCACCGGCCAAAAGCCCACCCUAUUUAUUGCGUUGCAUUUCCUCCUACGCAUUUCCGCUUGCGACGAAAAAAAAAUGGAUCAAGUCGAAGAGAGAUUGGCUGAAGAAGUUAGAAAAUACGUCCAUCUUUAUGAUACAACUUCUUCGCAUUAUAAAGAUGCGCAGAUGGCCAGUAAUUCUUGGCGAGAAAUCGUGGAAAAUAUGGGGUUGGAGAAGACCGAAUGCUUGAAGCGAUGGAAGAACAUGCGAGACAAAUUCGUUCGACUUCGCAAAAAGCUAGGCAGUGCCAGGAGCGGCGACCCAGGAGGAAAGAAAGUUCCAGCACUUUACAUUUUUCUUUCUUGGCUGGAACCACAUGUAAAGCAUCGGCAGACUGAAAGCAACUACGACAAACAUGAGAGUGCAAAUGAGAACGGGGUCGUGGCCAGCUCACAAGGUGACGAAACGCCGACAGAGUACACGCCAGCAGAGGAGACGCAAACCCAGUCGAUGGCAUCGUCCUCCAGCCCAGAGUCCAGCUCGGCCUGCCCGCCAUCUCCUCUUUUCACUAGCCCGAAAUCAACGCACAAGCGAAAGAGGAGAGAACCGGACGAGGACUUGUCCAAGCAGCUGGAAUUGCUGGAGGCCCGUCGUUGUGAACUCCAGAACAAACUUUUGAAAGAAACCGACGAAUACAGUCGGUUUGGAGAAACUGUUGCGGACAUGCUGCGUCGAUUGCCCGAUGAACAUCGGCCGCAGGCCAUCUUCGACAUCUAUAAACUAUUAUUCGAUAAACAGCAACAGAAAUAAACUGUGCUGCCACGUUUAAUUGUGUGCACUUUGUUUUUAAAUUACACAAGUUUAAUUUUUCUAGUGUUUUUUGAUUGGACUACCUUUUUAAUGUCUAUGUAUAUUUCAUAUUUAUACUCCAUACUGAAAACAGCAACAGACAUAAGCUUUGCUGCCACGUUUGUGUGCACUUUUUUCAUUACAUUACACAAGUUUCAUUGUUAUUCCUUUUAAUGUCUAUAUAUGUAUAUUGAAAUAUUUGAAACAGCAACAGACAUAAGCUGUGCUGCCACGUUUGUGUGCACUUUUUUGAUUACAUUACACACGUUUCAUUUUAAUUCCCUUUAAUGUCUAUAUAUGUAUAUUUCAAUAUUUGAAACAGCAGCAGACAUACACUGUGCUGCCACGUUUGUGUGCACUUUUCUCAUUACGUUACACAAGUUCCAUUUUUAUUGUAUUACCUUUUAAUGUUUGUAUAUGUGUAUUCCAUACUUGAAUCGGCAACAGAAAUAAACUGUGCUGCCACUUUUAAUUGUGUGCUACUACACCAGUUUCAUGUUUAUAGUG